AUGCCGACCACCCGCCACGAGAAGCAGCAGCUUCCAGCCCAGGAUCGCCGGAAGGGCGAGUCGGCUCUCAGCGACUUCGCCGAAUAUGUGCAGAAGCAGCAGGCCCGCCGCGGCAAGCCGCUUGCCGCCGAUCCCGCCACCGCCGGCGGCGCCGUCGAGGAACACGACGAGCUGGACAUCAUCGACCAGCUCGGCCUCGACGACGAGUCGGGCGCCGCCGUGCGCCUCAAGCACAUCCUCCUCGACGACAACGGCGACUCCGCCGACGACAGCGUCGCCGCCCUCGCCAGCCACCUGAGCGCCCGCCUGCUCGAGGGCCACGGAGAGGCCCUGUUCGAUCUCGGUUUGGAAGACAAUGGCGACCCCAUGGGCUUCUCCAGGGCCGACUGGGACUUUGCCCUCGCGCGCGUCGAGAAGGCGGCGGCUGACGUCGGCGCCGACUGCCGCGUGCUGAUGACCCGCAAUGUUGAGGGCGGUGGCGACGUCGAGGUCGGCCCCGCCAAUGCCAAGGAUACCAGCGUGUCCGGGAAGUUGAUCGUGCGGAAGAAGCCAGACUCGGUCGACGACGUCAUUGAGACGCGGAUAGCGGUGGUCGGGAAUGUCGAUGCGGGGAAAUCCACCAUGCUGGGUGUCCUGGUCAAGGGGGGCUUGGACGACGGCCGUGGAAAGAUGCGUGUCAACCUUUUCCGCCACAAACAUGAGAUUGAGAGUGGCAGGACUAGCUCCGUUGGUAUGGAGAUUAUGGGGUUUGACACCAAGGGCGACGUGGUUUCGUCCACCGUCCCUGGCAGGAAAUUGUCGUGGGAGGAGAUUGGCAGGCGAUCUGCGAAAGUGAUUAGCUUCACUGAUUUGGCAGGACACGAGAAAUACUUGAGGACUACCGUCUUCGGUAUGCUUUCUAGCGAGCCGAACUACUGCUUGUUGAUGGUCGCUGCCAAUAACGGAUUGAUUGGCAUGAGCAAAGAGCAUCUUGGAAUAGCUGUUGCUCUGAACGUGCCGAUCAUGGUCAUUAUCACGAAAAUUGAUAUCUGCCCGCCGAACAUUCUGCAGGAGACCAUCACGCAGCUGACAAAAAUUCUCAAAUCUCCUGGAGCAAGGAAAAUACCCAUUUUCAUCAAGGACCGGGAGACCUGCAUAAACACUGCUACUCAGUUUGUCAGCAGACGGAUAUGCCCCAUCUUCCAGGUAUCUAACGUCACUGGCGAGUGCGUGGACUUGGUCCGUACGUUCUUGAAUAUUCUUCCCCACCAUGGAAACUACGACCCGGAUGCGCCGUUUGAGUUCCAUGUCAACGACACUUUCUCCGUCCCCUUUGUGGGAACUGUUGUCUCAGGCGUUGUAAAGAGUGGUAUUCUGCACUCUGGCGACACGGUAUUGGUGGGGCCUGACUCCCUUGGUCAGUUCAUAACGACAAAAGUGCGCUCUAUCGAACGCAAACGGAUACCGGUGCCUGGUUGCGCAGCUGGUCAGUCCGCAUCGCUAGCUCUCCGCAAUGUACGGCGGAAAGACGUUCGCAAAGGCAUGGUCGUCCUACCGCGCGUCGACCCGGCCGCUCCUCCGCCAAAGGUGUACCGCGAGUUCAUUGCCGAGGUUCUUAUCCUUUCUCACGCAACCACUAUCAAAACGAAAUACCAGGCCAUGCUCCACGUCGGCCCCGUUUCGCAGACCUGCGCCAUCAUCGAUAUUGACCGCUCGUACAUAAGGACCGGUGACCGCGCGACGGUGGCUUUCCGCUUUGUACAGCGUCCCGAGUACCUCACGGUUGGGGAGCGGAUAUUGUUCCGAGAGGGAAGGACAAAAGGCCUGGGCAUCGUAAAAGCUGUCGGAUACGACCCGAAGAAGCCAUUGAACCCGGAGGCGGCUGCUGAGCGCGAGAAGGAGAAUGGGAACGCGGCGAAGUAA